GGUUUAAUCUCCAGUGUUUGACAGUAGUGUCUGGGCCUGUGAUACAUAGCUCUAUACACUACACUACACUACACUACUACACACACACGCUGCUGGGCCUAUCCAGAAGGAUUUUAUUCCCCCAAACAGUGGAUGAGACAUCGGGCCACAGACAAGACCAUCAUAAAGUCAAGAAGUAAUGUAAGACGCUGUGAGUCGUAUACCCCGGGGAGGAGGUGUGCAGACAUGAAGAAGAAGGAGGCUCCUCACUCUCUCCGUCAACGGCAUGGUGCGGCCUUGACCCUGACCCCGACCCUGACCUUGACCGCGGCCAAUGUCAUCAAUGUCAUGGUCGUUUGUUGGGCCUCCGCCUCGCUCCUGACGACGGUGGGAGCAGACGAGUGCGGCACGAGAUUCGUGGAUCCGGCCUCCAGCGCCGUCAGGGCACAAGCGGUUGUCAUGGGCACAGUGAUGGAAUGGAACCCGUCCGCUCGGCACGAGAGGACCCGCAGCGCUAACGUGAGUGUGGAGAAGGUGUACAAGGGGGAGGGCAUCGUGAACAACGCGCGUGCCGGCGACGACAGGAUGAUCAUGGUCAGUCAGUUCGGCCGCGAGGACAAGGACAGCUGUGUGGCUUCUGACACAGAGAUGACGUCAGAAAAGAAGCACAUCUUCUUCCUACGUCAGAGCCACCACCGCGGCAUGCUACAGAUGUCCGCCCUGCCCCUCCCCAUGGAGUCCCGGGCCGAGAGGCGAGUCCGGCGCUCUCUGUGUGACACAUGUGUCAGGCCACCACGCAUCAAGAAGCUGGUGUGUAGGGAUUGUGCACAGCCGCCCAAGAUGAAGGACAUCAAGCCGAAAAAGGUGACCAUGGGUAGAAAAGUCAGACUACGAUGUGUCGCCAAGAGCCAGCCGCCGCCAUCUUUUUCCUGGUCCAAGAACGGGAUCCCCGUGACCACCGGAAAUGGCGGCAUAACUAUCCGUACGACAGCCACGUCCUCCUCGCUGCUCAUUCUGAAGACAAUGAGCGCUCACGCCGGAGAGUACAAGUGUAUAGCGAAAAACGACCUCGGCACCUCGGAGAAGGUGGCCGUCUUGGAGCUGUCUAGGCGGAGAAGGAAGCCGAAGUACACGGUGCAGACGGCCCCGGACCGCGUCGCUUGUGCAGGGGGCAAUCUCUGCCUCAACGGCGGCACCUGCUUCCACAGCCCGUCCCUGAACCUCCGCUCCUGUGUCUGUCCGCCACACUACGACGGCGUGCGCUGUGAACUGCUCGACGAGUCGAAAGUGCCUUCCGUCCACAUCGGUCCGACUUCAGCCGCGGAGGCUGGCAAUAGUCGCAGAUCUGGACAACCCAGACAAGGAGAACGUCCACGUCAGCGACAAGGGGGCGUGACCAGCACUGAAACGGAAACGGAAGCGUCACGUCAGCAGACAGCAAGAAACUCGGCAGUGAAUAAUAAUAAUGUCGUCAGAGAAAACCAGACUUCUCGCAGACGACUCGACUCGAAUGUGAGCGGCAGCGCUGGGAGUGAGAGAAACAAUCGAAGGGAGGGAAGCGACACAGAGUCGAACACCGUCAGGUCCACAUUACCUGCGAAAAGUACGCCAGGCAGUCAGUUAUCAAACGCUCCAACACCAACUACAGCUGCAGGCGCUCCUUCUGAAAGGUCUUCGGGUGGACACAUCGAUUCUACUAGACGACAGAAAUUAAAAACGCGUCCUUCCAACAGGAAAUCCUCUGUGUCUUACAACGAGCUACAACACAGACUCCGGAACACACACAUCAAAAUCAUCCACUGUAGAGAAAAACGCUAUUGCCACAAUGGGGGGCGCUGUAGAUAUAUACCCAAACAGAAGUUCAAGUUUUGUCAGUGUAGGGCUGGUUUUGUAGGCAAACGCUGCGAGAGAUCUCUUACAUAAAAGUCUUGCUAGAAGAAGGAUUGUAUGCGUGUGGGUGUGCAUUAAAAUUUGUUUGUACCAUUCCUGCUACCCGUUUUACUUUGUUAAUCUGUUAGAUGUUUUUGAAUUAUUGCUCCUGCCCAAUGUAAUAGGCCUACCAUUUUCCAGUUCGUUUUGUUAUGUAACAUUUGAAUGGCUUUAAUGUCCUGACAACCUAUGCGCGCUUUCCUUGAAGUAGACUCUAAUUUUCAGAUGCUUAAGACAAUGGACAGGCUGUUACAUUGCAACACAAGAAGUAUUCUACUCAACUCACAAUUUCCUGAGAAAUUUAUCUACGUGUACUUAGCCCCCUAAGGCGCCUGUGGUAUAGUGGUUACAUACUUCGCUAUCGUACGCAAAAGACGUGGAUUUUCCCAUUUUAUAUUUUUCUAAUUUUUUUUUUAAUUGAGCGUCUGUGACUUUCUGCUUAGACACAGUCAUUACAAUCCUUUCAUGCCAAGUGGUCCUGACAGGCAGAGUCGAAUCACCUCGCCUCCUUUAUGAUCUAACUUUGUCAAUGAGAUCACUAAAACAUCUACAGUUACUACAAUUACACCCCCACCCAAAACCCACCCUUUUCCUCUCAACUUUUUUCUCUUUCCACGAUCUAUGAAUAUCUUCAAUUGCCAUUCUCUCUUUCUUUGCUUGAAAUCACUUGACCACUUCAUGCAUAUUUCUGGUCAGAACCUAUUAUGGUGCCGAUCCACUUGAAUGUCUAGAGAAAUAAUGUGUUCUAUUUCAUACUAUCACUUCCAUACCUUGAGGCACUACUUUUGAGAAAAACCAUUCCCACCCAAACCCCUUUCACGACUAGCUACAAUUUUACUGAAAAUUUUAGAAGUCAAAGACAGUCCCAAGUCUAAACAGACACAGAGGGGAAAGGUUUAGCAUUGCCGUAGACUAGUAGACCGUCAAGUGAGAUAGCUCUCUCCCUCUCUCUCUCCCUCUCUCUCUCUCUCUCUCUCUCUCUCUCUCUCUCUCUCUCUCUCUCUCUCUCUCUCCCAUCCCCCCACACACACAACAUAACAACUAUAUUUCUACUUUGCUAACUCAACCACUUUGAAUUAUAAUUACACAGAGAUAAGCACAAUGUCCAUCAAUAGCUUUUCUUUCAAACAUUUCAGUACUUAAUUCAUCGUCAACUGGUCAGGUUUUGUGGUAGCUGUUUGUUUCUUUUGUUCGUUUUUAUGACAAUGUUUGGGCUUCUGCCUCAUUAAAUUAGACUCCCCGGCUUCAAUCAAAUAUUGCCAUUAAUUAUAAUGAUCAGAUCAAACCCCAUUAAUUACAAAGGCAUACUAUGGUGUUAUUUUAUUGGUUUAUAUAUAUAUUUUUUGACGUCUUAUCCUUGUCUCAUCUCUUGUUGAAAUGGAAUGAUAAUUAUAUAUAAAAACAUGUACUUGUCUGCCACAAUAAACGACAUAACGAGAAGUUAUGAGAAACCUAA